AUGGCCCACGAGUGCGUCUCGGACGAAGCCCUGGUGCAUCUCAAAACCUACAAAUACUCCGGCGUCGACAAGUCCUAUAUAUCACACUACAUAUUGAGGCACUACUGGAACGGCUUCGUGGAACUCCUACCGCUAUGGCUCGCCCCCAACAUGGUCACGCUGCUCGGCUUCUUCUUCAUACUGGCGAACGUAGUGCUACUAGAGAUAUAUGUGCCGGAUCUGGUUGGACCAGCGCCUUCAUGGGUAUACUACAGCUUUGCCUUUGGCUUGUGGAUGUACUCUACAUUGGACAACGUGGACGGCAAGCAAGCACGAAGAACCGGCACUUCUAGUGGCCUUGGAGAGCUUUUUGACCACGGCAUCGACUCGCUCAAUUGCACACUCGGCAGCUUGCUCGAGCUGGCAGCCGUUGGAUACGGAGCUACUCGCACAGGCGCUUUCACUGCCCUCAUCCCGUGUUUGCCCAUGUUCUUCUCCACUUGGGAGACAUAUCACACACACACGUUGUACCUAGGGUACUUCAACGGUCCGACAGAGGGACUCAUCUUGGGUUGCACAUUCAUGCUCCUUUCCGGAGCCUACGGUCCGCAAAUCUGGUCCGCGCCUCUGGCCUCCCUGUCACCCACCCUGGCACGCUUUACCGGCGACACCCUAACCUUCCGUGACCUCUGGGUUCCCAUGCUCAGCGCCUCAUUCUUCAUCGCGCAUCUCCCUGCCUGCGUGCAGAACGUCCACCGCGCACGACGCGCUAAGAACCUCCCAACGCUGCCCCUGGUGCUCGAAUGGACGCCUAUGGUCGUUCUCACAUGCGCGUCCGCAGCGUGGCUCGGCUCGCCGCAUACGGGGCUGAUUGGAGAUGGCAAGGGCGGACACCUGGUCUUAUUUUGCAUGACUAUGAGUCUGGUCUUCGGCCGCAUGACUACGAAGAUCAUCCUCGCGCACCUGACGCGUCAACCGUUCCCUUACUUUACGGUCUUGCUGGUGCCGUUGGUGGGCGGGGCGGUUCUGGCGAACUUGCCGUACAUCGCUGGCUUUCUUCCCGCUUCUUCUGCGGCAAUGGCGAAGCCGUUCUUCGGCGGUGGUAAAGAAGCGGAGCUGUGGUACCUGCGUGGCUACUUCGUCUUCGCUGCUGUCGUGUAUGGGCGGUGGGCUGUGCUUGUUAUCGGGCGGAUUUGCGAAUAUCUGGGCAUCCAGUGCUUGACCAUACCGGCUGAGAAGAGGCGGGAGGCUGCCAGAGCUAGGAAAGAGGGAGAGAAGAUCGGGCCUGGGACGAUAAAAGUGGAGAAGGAGUCUGCGAAUGGGACCGUUGGGGGAAAGAAGAAUCGCUGA